AUGGGUUUGAUUCGUCGCCGAAAACCCGUCGAACCCGGUAAAACCUCAGGACCAAGAGAGGAUGAGGAGCAUGAAGAAGAAGAAGAGGAAGACAAUAGUAAAAACAAACACCCAAAGAAGAGUUACAAAAAAUCCAAACCAAAAUGGUCAUGUGUGGACAACUGUUGCUGGAUUGUUGGGUGUAUAUGCGUAACCUGGUGGAUUUUAUUGUUUCUUUACAACGUCAUGCCUGCUUCUCUCCCUCAAUACGUGACCGAGGCAAUCACUGGUCCUUUGCCUGAUCCACCUGGUGUAAAGUUGAGGAAAGAAGGGUUGAAGGCAAAACAUCCUGUGGUUUUUGUUCCUGGGAUUGUUACUGGAGGCCUUGAGCUGUGGGAAGGCCAUCAGUGUGCCGAUGGGCUGUUUAGGAAAAGGCUUUGGGGUGGAACUUUUGGUGAAGUUUAUAAAAGGCCUCUCUGCUGGGUAGAACAUAUGUCUCUUGACAAUGAAACUGGAUUGGAUCCUCCUGGUAUAAGGGUCAGGCCUGUCUGUGGACUUGUGGCUGCCGAUUACUUUGCUCCAGGAUAUUUUGUAUGGGCAGUUUUGAUUGCUAAUUUGGCACGCAUUGGAUAUGAGGAGAAGACAAUGUACAUGGCAUCAUAUGAUUGGAGACUUUCAUUUCAGAACACUGAGGUCCGUGACCAAACGUUAAGCCGUAUCAAGAGUAAUAUUGAACUUAUGGUUGCAACAAAUGGUGGAAACAAGGCGGUUAUUAUACCACAUUCCAUGGGUGUUUUGUACUUUCUGCAUUUUAUGAAAUGGGUGGAGGCACCAGCUCCAAUGGGUGGCGGGGGUGAUCCAGGUUGGUGUGCUAAGCAUAUCAAGGCAGUGGUGAAUAUUGGUGGACCAUUUUUAGGUGUUCCAAAAGCUGUUGCUGGGCUUUUCUCUGCUGAAGCGAAGGAUAUUGCAGUUGCCAGGGCCAUUGCACCUGGUGUCUUGGACAAUGAUUUAUUUGGCUUUCAGACAAUGCAACAUAUAAUGAGAAUGUCUCGCACAUGGGAUUCAACCAUGUCAAUGAUUCCUAAAGGCGGGGACACUAUUUGGGGUGAUCUUGACUGGUCACCUGAAGAAGAAUAUACUCCUAUUAAGAGAAAGCAAAGAAACACUGAUGCCCAGAAAACAAGCCAAGAUGGUCCUGAAACUGAAGCACCUUCAUCUGACAUUGAGAGAAUUGAAUUCAGGGAUGCUGUUAAGGGUCAAAGUGUUGCAAACACCUCCUGUCGUGAUGUGUGGACAGAGUACCAUGACAUGGGAUUUGGAGGUAUUAAAGCUGUUGCCGAAUAUAAGGUUUAUACUGCUGAAUCUGUUCUAGAUCUGCUGCAGUUUGUUGCCCCAAAGAUGAUGGAGCGUGGCAGUGCACAUUUCUCUUAUGGAAUUGCUGAUGAUUUGGACGAUCCAAAAUACCAGCACUACAAAUAUUGGUCAAACCCCUUGGAGACAAAAUUGCCCAAUGCCCCAGAAAUGGAGAUUUUUUCCCUGUAUGGAGUGGGCAUACCAACUGAAAGAGCUUAUGUUUACAAGUUAUCUCCUUCAGCUGAGUGUGCUAUUCCAUUUCAGAUUGAUGCAUCAGCUGACGAACAAGAUGAAGGCAGCUGUCUGAAAGGUGGAGUCUAUUCUGUUGAUGGAGAUGAGACUGUUCCUGUUUUAAGUUCAGGCUUCAUGUGUGCUAAAGCUUGGCGUGGGAAAACAAGAUUCAAUCCUUCAGGAAGUCGAACGUACAUUAGAGAGUAUAAUCAUUCUCCUCCAACAAACUUGUUAGAAGGUCGGGGCACCCAAAGUGGUGCUCAUGUUGAUAUAAUGGGAAACUUUGCUUUGAUUGAGGAUGUAAUGAGAGUGGCAGCUGGUGCCACAGGAGAAGAGUUGGGGGGCGAUCAAGUUUAUUCAGAUAUAUUUAAGUGGUCCGAGAAGAUCAGCCUACAACUAUGA